UCAGUGAUCAGGCUUAAAUCCGCACUUUUGUGAAAUGAUGCAUUUGCGCGCUUGAUCUGUCCCUAGAUAUCCGCACCUGCUGGAAACUGGCGGCUGGAUGCUGCAGAAAAGGGGGGAAACCCGACGAGGAUGAGGAUGAAAUGAGGUGUACUAUUAUGGGUUUUUGAGAAGGCUUCGAGGAGGGAAAAUGGAUGAAAAAUAAGCUGCUCUAAGCCACAAACGCAUCGAGCAGGCCCUAAAGCGUCCGGUGCGUCUUUCUUGCGUUUGGAUCUAAAACCUCCUCCAUUUCUCAGAUUCCCAGACCCUCUAAAAAGCCUUCAAGACGGACGGGGUGGUGGAGCACCGAGGCAAAAACCGGGCCAACAUGCGGGACAGGGACUUCAUGCCCAACAUGGAGCGGGGCAAGCCGGCCACCUACACAGGGGACAAGAAAGCCAAGAUGGCUGCGAAGACCAACAAAAAGUGGGUCCGGCUGGCCACCGUGUUCGCCUACGUGCUCUCCGUGUCCCUGGCGGCGAUCAUCCUGGCUGUUUAUUACAGCCUAAUAUGGAAACCGACCAGCCAGGGGCUCGGAGUGACGGACAGCUCCGUGGGAAACAACAACACGUCCAAGAACAUCUCGAGCAGCGUUAACAGCACGAGCACCAAUUUCACGCAAACGGAUAACGGUACGAGCGCAAAUGGGACGCAGAUAGACUUGGGGUUUAAUGCGACCGGAGCUGGAAACGAGAGCGCGGCCGCACAGAUUGCGGAAAGAGCGCACGCAUACUCGACCGCCAUUGAAUACACGCCUGUGAGUAAUCAGAUGAAACAAAGCGCUUUUGGACAGUACAGAUCCGAUCCAGACCCGGGCAGCAGGACGAGUCCGAGUGACGCAAAAAGAGAAAAGCGCGAGACGGUACCGGAGAAAUCUGCGCGCUCUCAAAACGGACCGGAAAAGAGAGCACCAGAAGGACGCACACUGGUUUAAGCUUACACUUCGACUCUAAACCGCAUGCACUAACGGUGUGCAAAUGCAGGACUAUUUCGGCGCACUCGGUUUAGGACGCAUAAGUUUGGCGCAUAGCAGCGCGCGCACCAGGAUUCAUGGAAAGAUGUGAAGUAUUGAGCGCUUGGUGCAUGGACGCCUACUUGAUUAGGAUGGUGAUGAUGAUGAUGCUAAUGCACUACACAGACUUAUUCUUAAAACAUUUCCAUGUAACAUUAAACCGUCCAAAGUGUAAUCUUUCAUUUUAGGCACCUGUUUGAUGGACACUAUAUUUCAAACUGAUUGGCAUAAACACCCAGCUUCCUUCCCCAAGUCACCUUUAUUAUGUGCUUGCAUAGAGUUUCUAACCGGUAUAGUGUGCCAGACGUAUUUAUUUGAACUGCAGCACGAAUAUAAUUAACAGCAUCUCAGUUUUUUUAGAACAGUGAUACUUUUUUUGGACCAGCUAUUAAAACAUUG